CAGCCCAGGCAGACGGGUCCUUGCGUCGCUCCCUCGGUGGUCAGUCUCUCGCUUGGCUUGCAGAAAUGCGCAUUUUCCUCAUGUUCUGAACGCAAGACUAAACAGAACCAGGAACCAAGAACAUGCAACGUCUUAUGUUUUAGCGUGAUGCUACAGACUAAGGUCAGACUAACUUCAUCCGGGCUAAAAUAAGCCUAGCUCUGUGGCCAGAUUUUGGGAGAAGCCCCUAAUCACUUAAAAGCACCCAACUAGUUAAAUCUCAAGUUUUACACGAUACACUACGAAAGAAAGAAGCAGGGAAACCAAAGCUGUAAAGCAGGCAACAGCUAUUCUGAGAUGGCCAAAAAUAGACUUAAUAGCCGCACAAAGAAAGAAAAAGAUGAAGAGCUGACGACAAAGGUUUAUUUGGACCUGGAGUGGAUAGACUACCGCUUCACCUGGAAUCCCGCUGACUUUGAGGGCAUCACCUCCAUCCGGAUUUUCUCUGAGGACGUCUGGCGCCCAGAUAUCGUCCUGAUGAACAACAACGAUGGUGUUUUUGACAUUUCUCUGUCGGUGAACGUCAUGGUGAGCUACAACGGGACGGUGCGGUGGCAGCCCCCGGGCAUUUAUCGGAGCAGUUGCAGCAUCCAGGUGACCUAUUUCCCUUUCGACUGGCAGAACUGCACCAUGGUCUUCCGGUCAUACACGUACGACUCUUCGGAGAUCACCCUCCUGCAUCCCCUCCAGAACGGGAAAGAGUUGAAGGAGAUCAUCAUCUACCAAAACACGUUUAUCGACAACGGGCAGUGGGAAAUCCGGCACAAGCCGUCCCGGAAGAACACCCUCCCGGGUGACCCCUUGUACGAGGACAUCACCUUCUACCUCAUCAUCCGCCGCAAGCCACUUUUCUACCUGAUCAACGUCAUCAUCCCUUGCAUCCUGAUCACCAUCCUGGCCAUUUUUGUCUUCUACCUCCCGCCUGACGCCGGUGAGAAGGUGACCCUGUCCAUCUUCGCGCUCCUCACCCUCACUGUCUUCCUGCUCCUGCUGGCUGACAAGGUGCCGGAGACGUCCUUGGCUGUCCCCAUCAUUGUCAAAUACCUCAUAUUCACCAUGACCCUGGUCACCUUCUCGGUCAUCCUCAGCGUGGUGGACCUCAACCUGCACUUCCGCUCACCCAACACCCACCAGAUGCCCUUCUGGGUGAAGCAGAUUUUUAUCCACACGCUUCCCCGGUAUUUGGGUCUACGGCGUCCAAAGCUGGAACCUCUUCUCAAGCCUCCUCCGCUGCACCCCAAACCAGAACUCACUGUGAAAUCCAACCGCCGUACCGAUGAAUAUUUCAUCCGGACCCCUGCCUACGAGUUUCCCAAACCCAACAGGUUUCAGCUGGAGGCCUUUUCCACGGAUAUGAAGAAAUUCAUAGACGGCCCGACUCACAGCGUGGCGCUCCCACCGGACUUAAAAUCGGUCAUGAACGCCGUCUUGUAUAUCGCCGAGCAGCUGCAGGAACAGGACGACUACGAUGCGCUGAAGGAGGACUGGGAAUAUGUGGCAAUCGUGGUAGACCGCCUCUUCUUUUGGACCUUCAUCACCAUCACCACGCUGGGCACCCUCAGCAUCUUCCUGGAUGCCAGCUUCCACCUGCCGCCUGACCAGCCCUUUCCGUGAGACCCUCCUGACCCCUCGGAGAAGGCCGUCCGGGCUCUUCCAUGACCAAAGGCCUGCCAGAAGUGACCACACACACACACCGGCAGAAACCUGGGGAUGUGGCUGCCCCCAAGCUGGCCGCCCCCCAUUUUCGAGUUAAGUGCGUGUGGAUGGCAUUUCGGUCUGUGGUUUGCUCAAGAGUGGAACACAGGCCCUCGAUAAGACGCGUCACAGCCUCCCCACCCCCCACCCACCCGGUCCCUCCUUUUCUAAGCAAUAAAAGCUUACGGUGAGUGGGAGUCGGGACUCAGGACUUUACUCCAUGCGUCCAUCUUUCGUUCACUCAAUGCACAAACAGCACCGGACAGCAACUGACCCUCACGUUUCUGGCCCUCAAAAUGUGCAAAUGAGAAACCCUCUCGCCCUCCUGUUGAAGGCUUGGCAGCCCCCUUCUGCUCCUGCAAAAGGUGGGUGGCCCUUUGCUAACCUGUGUUGUAGUUUUUUUGACCCACCCGCGUAAAGGUCGGG